AUGGGAUUCCAAAGUAGAGCCAAGUGUACAGCACCUAAAGAAAAGGUCGAAGAAGAUAAGGGCGAAGAGGACGAAGAAAAAGAAAAGGACGAAGAAAAUGAGGGGGAAGGAGACAAGGAUGAAGUUACUGUCAAUGUUGUAGAAGAAAUCCUUUCAGAAGAAAAGGAGCAACACAAGCAAGUACAUAGGAGAAGAGUAAAGUCUUGGAGAGCUUUACAAACAGCAAAAAGUUUGGCGGAAGGAAUGAGGCCGAGAAAGGAAUUGCUUAAAAAGAGGCAUAAACUGGUAGUUUGA